AUGGCGUCCCUUACGCCACCUGUCUCCAUCCGCCAUGGAGUCAGGUGUGUGACGGCGAACGGGGUGAAUGUGGAGGAAGUGCUACUUGCAGUUGGACAGGAGAUCGGCUAUGAAAACAUUUCAUCUGCCUCGCGAAUGAACAAAGCGGUGGUUGUGUUUUUAAAAGAAGAGAACCAUGUGAAUCAUCUUAUAAGCAGCGGAAUAGUGGUAAGUGGAGACUUUGUUACUGUUUUGCCGCUGGUUGCUCCAACUAUUAAGGUGACUGUGUCAAACGUGCCGCCUUUCAUCCAGAGUAAUGAGAUAGAACGAGAGCUUUUGCGAUAUGCUCAAGCUGAUGAGGCCGUUGGUCCUGUGAAAGAUCCUGAGAACGUGCAGUCUGUAGAGGAGGAAGAGGAUGAGCCUCAGGGAGCUGAGGAAGCUAUUGUUGUACUCUACCCUGACGACUCGUCUCCGGAGGCUGUGGAGUUUCGGAGGAAAGUGAAGUCGUUGCUGCAUUUAGCUGCUCGAACGCUCGCUCACCUCGACAUCCCCUUCUGGCUCAGCAGCGGCACCUGUCUGGGCUGGUUCAGGCAGUGCAGUAUCAUCUCGUACAGUCGUGACGUCGAUAUCGGGAUUUUCAUUGUGGACUUCAGGUCGGACAUUGUCGCAGCGUUCAGGGACGCCGGCCUGUCACUCAAACACAAGUUUGGAAAGGUGGAGGACAGUCUAGAGCUUUCCUUUCUGAGUGACGACGUCAAACUGGAUGUUUUCUUCUUCUACGAGGACGGAGACGUCGUGUGGAACGGAGGAACGCAGGCGAAGAGCGGCAGGAAGUUCAAGUACGUCUUCCCUCGCUUCUCGCUCUGCUGGGCAGAGCUUCUGGAGCUGAAGGUGCGUGUUCCCUGCGAAACGCUUGACUACGUGAAGGCGAACUACGGCGCCAGCUGGAGCGUCCCCGUGAGGAGCUGGGACUGGAAGACGUCACCUAGCAACGUGCAGGAAAACGGGGUGUGGCCUCUUGCGGAGUGGGUGGAGCUUAUUCAAGUGUACUGAAGCAUGUGACCCGAAA